AUAGGCCAAAAAAUUUCAAAUAUUUCAACCACGAAGUCUUCUCCUCCUCCUCCUCCAACAACAACAACAACAACGAAGUCAUCUCCUCCUCUUCCAGUGACUGAGCAGACCAUCGGAGGACCAGUGAGUAUCUUCAUUCUCAGUGACUUAGCCUUGAAAUCUAACCUUAAUCCACAGCUCCACCAGCCACCAGCAACUGCUCAGUCACCAGCCACCACCAGUGAGUAUCUCCAUUGUCCGUUCCAGCCUUAA